AUGUCUAAACCAGCACCACGAAACAUCCCAUCAACGAGAGCGCCCGCCGGAGGUCCAGCUGCCAGGCCAGCAGUCAAGCCCGUCCUCAAGACACCCGCUGCACCAGCCGUCAAACCAGUCCUCAAAACACCUGCUCCUCAGAAGAAAGCUCCCACCACUGUUUCACGAGCCCCAGUGGCAAACAAGGCCCCCGUGUCAAAGGCAGUCACACCACGACCCGCUGCUCCAGCGGCCAGAGCACCAGUCCAAAAGCCCAGAGCACCGAUUCAAGCGCCCAAAGCCGCCGCCCCAGAACCAGGUGUAGCGGCGAAAGCAGGCAACUGGAUUAACCGCACGGUCCAGGGUAGCGUCGCAAAUGUAGGCAAUUAUGCUGGAGGCUUCGUAAACGGUAUCGGGAACAGCGUCAAUGGUAUUGGUGAUGGUAUUGGAGCUACCAUAACGAACACCACCCGCGGCUGGGGUCAAGGCGUCGCAGGCUACGGCAACAGCAUCAAAGAUGCUGUAGGUGUAGGCGGAGCACGAAUCUCCACUGCCGGCAACCCACUAGGUAUUGCCGGAGCAGGCGCCAGCCAGGGCGCAAGCUCGGCUACUAAGGGAGCUGGUGGAGGGUCAGGUGGUAACCCGCUGGGCAUUUAG